CGAUAGCCCGGGUUGUCCGGUUCGGUCCAUGAUUACCCGGACCCAGACAGACCGGCCACCGCACCUUCUUUUCCGCCCCCAUCUUGCUCCGGCCGGUCUUUUCCGCCCGUAGUCGGCCAUAAGAACCGGCCUACGGCACUCAUUCCAAAGCUUAGGCCAAGCCCCGGUUACUACCCGUCCUACCUACUCGGAUCACCAUGCGGUACUUCGUACCACCAUUGAGUGAAUGAACAAUGGUAGCCAUCCAUCAAGUCCGUGAACACAAUGCCGCUCUCGGAGCCGAAACCCCAGGCCUUGUAGCUUUGUUUACCGGUGCGACCAGGGGCAUUGGUGCAGCUACACUGCAUCAACUGGUCCGCGGUCUCAACACACCAACCAUCUACGCAGUAGGCAGAAGUGCAACACAGUUCGCCGACCAGCGAGCUGAGCUCCAGUCGCUGAAUCCAAGGGCGCAGAUCAAGUUCAUCGCGGCCAACAUUGCUUUGUUGCGGGAGGUUGAUCGAGUCUGCCAGCUCGUCGCAGAAGCCGAGGAGAGAUUGGACCUCCUAUUCAUGAGCCCGGGAUUCAUACCGGUGAACGGGCCUGAUUACACUGAUGAGGGCAUCGACAAGUGCAUGUCCCUGUCUUAUUACGGCCGAAUCCGCUUCGUCUCCAAGCUCGUUCCUCUUCUCACCAGGUCCAGGAACCCUCGGGUCCUGAGUGUACUCGCCGGAGGGGCCGAACGGCACCUGGAGGUCAACGACAUGGAACUCGGCAAAAGCUACAGUAUGCUAAAUGCAAUCGACCAUAUGACAUCGUUGCAAACCCUGGCUUUUAUUCAUAUGGCUCCGCGGUACCCAAGGAUCUGUUUUGUACAUGCUCACCCAGGGUUUGUUGCAACCGAUAUCCUGUCAGACGCAUUCGCCACACGUUGGAGCGGAGUGUUCGGUCUCAUCGCCCGCUUUUUUGGAUGGCUGUUCAUCGUUCCGUUUGUCAAGACUUUCCUGGCCAUGAGUGUGGAAGAGUCUGGCGAGCGACAGGCGUUCCAUGCCACCAGUCGACGAUAUGUCUCGGCAGUAGCGCGCAACACGGGGGGGUUGGAACAGCGGCAUCCAGAGUUGGAGUCGGCUAACGGGGUGUACUUGCUCGGUCCGAAGGGGGAGCUAAAGGCAAACUGGAGAUUGUUACAGCGGUGGAUCGGACAAGGGUAUGCGGACAAGGUGUGGGAUCACACCAUGGCUGUUUUUGAAAAUGUUGAGCUGAGAAAUAGAGAGCCCAAGUCAUUCUAAUAUACAUCAUAUGGGAAA